CCGGCCCGCGAUUCUGCUUCCUGACGUCUUGGAUUCUGAGAGCCUUGCUGCCACCAAGCCAUCUUCCCCUGCCGCCACCCCCCCAGCCUCCGUGGGCCCAAUUACAGAUGGCAGAGAAGGGCUCAGCUCCCCUGGAAGGAAGGCAUAGGAAGACGAUCACAUAAGCCCAUUAGCAGGGACUUAAACCCUCCUCUUGGCAGCCAGAUGGGCCAGGCAAGCAGGUGGUUGAGGCCGAGCCUGUUGGGCAGGUCUGGGAAUCAUUGCGACGUUGGGCCUGGGUGAAAAAGAGGCAUCCCAGGAACGUGUCUGAUUCCAGGAAAACAGGAGGAAGAGAAGACACAAAACCUGCCAGCAGCACGGAGGAGAAUAAAGCAAAGGAAUCUGCUGCUGCUGUGGCCCCGCUCCCUGCGGCUCGUCCUGCCCCUGCUGCCGCAUCAGGGUGUCCACUGGCACACGGCUGCUCUACGUGCUCUUCCACGUCUUGGCGUGCGCCGUCUGCUGCUUCAUGCUCUCCCGCACUGUGGUGGAAGCCAUCAAGGAGAAGGUGCCUCUUUACGCUGUGCUGUGCGAACAUCUCCCAGGGGGCAGCGACUGUGACAUCCUGGUGGGCUACUCCGCCGUCUACAGAAUCUGCUUCGGCACCGCCUGCUUCUACCUGGGCCAGGCGGCCCUCCUGAUCAACGUCAAAUCCAGCACCAACGGCCGGGCCCUGCUGCAUAACGGGUUCUGGUUCCUGAAGCUUCUGCUGCUGGUGGUGCUGUGGGCAGCAGCCUUCUUCAUUCCCGACCAGCGCUUCAUCCGAGCCUGGCACUUGGUGGGCAUCUGCGGGGGCUUUGCCUUCAUCCUGGUGCAGCUGGUGCUGAUCACAGCCUUUGCCCACACCUGGAACAAGAACUGGCUGACGGGCGCCUCCGGAGACAAGCGCUGGUGCCUGGCGGUGCUGCUGACCACGCUGGGCUUUUACCUCGUGGCCUCCAUGGCCUACACCUUCCUGUACAAGUUCUACACCCACCCGGGCGGCUGCGUCCUCAACAAGGGGCUGUUGGCCUUCAACGGCUGCCUGUGCCUCCUCCUGUCCUUUGUCUCCGUCACGCCCUGCGUCCGCCUCCGACCAUCCAGUUCUGGUCCCCUGCAGGCCUCCAUCAUCUGCUGCUACAUCAUGUACCUGACCUUCUCCGCCCUCUCCAGCCGGCCUCCGGAGAAAGUGCAGUACCAGGGCCAAAAUGUCACCAUUUGCUUCCCCAGCAUCGGCAAGGACGGGAUGCAGACGGAAGACACGGUGGUGGCGGUGCUGGGGGCAGGAGUCAUGUACGUCUGUGUCCUCUUUGCCUGCAACGAAGCGUCUCUCCUGGCAGAGAUAUUUGGGCCUCUGUGGAUGAUCAAGAUCUACAGCGUGGAAUUUAAGAACCCCUCCUGCUUUUUCUGUUGCCAGGACCGGACGGAAGAGGAUCUGGCAGAGUCUGCAGGGUCUUCUGGGGGCCACAACGAAUCCGACCGCGUCAUCUACAGCUACUCAGCCUUCCACUUUGUGUUCUUCCUGGCCUCGCUGUAUGUCAUGAUGACCCUCACCAACUGGUUCAGCUAUGAGGAUGCGGAGCUGGAAACCACCUUCACGCACGGCAGCUGGUCGACCUUCUGGGUCAAGGUGGCAUCUGGCUGGGCCUGCAUCCUGCUCUACUUCUGGCUUCUCCUGGCUCCUCUCUGCCUUCCGGGCUCCCACCAGCGCCACCCCAACAACCCUGCGCAGCGCAUCGUACGGAGGCGGCGGCGUGCGCUCCACCGUGUCAGCGUGGCUACGUAGCCUCGGGCUGGAGGCCAUUGUCCGUGCCACGCUCUGCCGUGGGCUGACCCCCUGACCGGAUUGCCUGAGGCAGACAUCGAGAGAGGUGCCGGGGAGAGACCGAUCCCCAAAGGGUUUCUACCGGAUGGGCUUGGCAGCGCCACCAGUGUCUGCCAGGGACACGGAUGUUGCCCCCCACGGGGCUCCUGGUCACAGCGAGAGGAGCCAGCAAAACGUGCCGGGAUGGUGAGGAGGGACGUGGCUGGGGUGGGGAGUGACUCCGGAGCUGCUGGAGCAAGGAAAGUCGGACUGAUGCGGCGCCUGGAGCGAGGGCAAGGGCUGCGUGCAGAGCCACCAGAGCAGGAGCACUGUCUUCCACCACGAGCCGGCCUCUUCAGUGAGGGGGACGGGGCCCGGUUGAGGGACGGCCGUCUUCUUCCACCCAGGAGCACUUGUGCUGGUGGAAGGCCCAUCCUGCCUCGCGGAGAAGCAGAGUGCAGAACCGGACCCCUGAUCUGCAGGAGAGGGAGGCCGGAGGCUGCCUGGGACGGGGUGUGCUGGUCACGCCAAUAAAGGCUUGCUCUGUUCUCCUGCUC